GCUCUUUGAAGAGCUCUGUCUUCAGGAGUUUAUUAAAGAUAGUGAGAGAUUCUCCUGAUCUGGUAGUGGAAGGUAGUUUGUUCCACCAUUGGGGAACUCUGUAUGAGAACAGUCUGGAUUGCUUUGUGUGAGUGUUUGUUUGGUAAAGCGAGGCGACGUUCAUUGGAGGAGCGCAGCGGCCGGGAGGUAGCGUAAGCCUUCAGGAGUGAGUGCAGGUAGGAAGGAGCUGUUCUGUAUCACCUUGUAGGCGAUUGUAAGAGCUUUGAAUUUGAUGCGAGCAGCAACCGGUAGCCAGUGGAGCUCAAUGAGCAGCGGGGUGACAUGUGCCCGUUUUGGCUGGUUGAAGACCAGACGUGCUGCUGCAUUCUGAUAUAUCAUAUAUAUCACUGGGGAACAUAAAUAGGCCUAAAUGAUUUGUUUACGCUAUAAAUAGAAACUGCGGAUAAUUGUGUCACAUGACUUCAGUCUAGAUAUUAUUAUAAUAGUGCUGUAUUGUCCUGCUUGUAGUUUUCGGCUCAUGCUGAUCCGGUUCUGCUGUAUUUAAAUUCUGUUUUAUUUAUUUACAGUUUUUUACAACAGAGCAGAUUUACAGCGAUACGGAUCCAAGUGUCUCAUGAGUAACAACACAGUUAUUACUCAGUCAGAGAAGCCCCUCCCCCUCGGCUCGACCCGCUCAGUACAAACAAUAACAGAACAGAGAGAUAGUGAGGAGCUAUAGCUAAUGUAGGUGGGAAGGUAGAGUAGUGAGUGUGAGUAAGUGAGUGUGAGUAAGUAGGGAGUGAGUGUGAGUAAGUGAGUAGUGAGUGUGAGUAAGUAGGGAGUGAGUGUGAGUAAGUGAGGAGUGAGUGUGAGUAAGUAGGGAGUGAGUGUGAGUAAGUAAUGAGUAAGUGAGUAGUGAGUGUGAGUAAGUAGGGAGUGAGUGUGAGUAAGUAAGUAGUGAGUGUGAGUAAGUGAGGAGUGAGUGUGAGUAAGUAGGGAGUGAGUGUGAGUAAGUAAGGAGUGAGUGUGAGUAAGUAGGGAGUGAGUGUGAGUAAGUAAGUAGUGAGUGUGAGUAAGUGAGUAGUGAGUAAGUGAGUAGUGAGUGUGAGUAAGUAGGGAGUGAGUGUGAGUAAGUAAGGAGUGAGUGUGAGUAAGUGAGUAGUGAGUGUGAGUAAGUAAGGAGUGAGUGUGAGUAAGUAAGGAGUAAGUGUGAGUUAGUGAGGAGUAAGUGUGAGUAAGUGAGUAGUGAGUGUGAGUAAGUGAUUGUACCAAAACAUGCAAAAGAGAUAGAAAACAGAGGAAGGAAAGAAAAGGGGAUUAGAAUGGCUGUGGGUCAAGCCGGACUCUGGAGCACUGGAAUCAUAAAUGCACACCUUCAUGCAGUUGUAGAGGUUCCUAAUGUUCCUCCUGUGAUACUCCAUCCCAUAAUAACUCCAAAUCACACAGUUUCUGCAGAUUGUGCUUUAUUGUCCUGAUUGAAUAGAAAGCGGAGUGUUUAGAUAAAAUGUAUAAAUCACAUUUUUCAGAGCUGUAAUUUCUCUCUUUCUCUCUCUGCAGAAGCGAGUGGCGGAGUGUGUAAAGCUGAGAGGAGUGAGUUAGAGAGGGAAGAGUGAGCGGAGGAGUGAGAGAGAGAGGGAAGAGUGAGCAGAGGAGUGAAAGAGAGAAGAACGAGAGAAGAGUGAGAGAAGAGAAAGAAACACUGCUGGAACUGGAAGGACUAUCGAAUCAGAACCAUGGGGAGGAAAAAAAUUCAGAUUGCUCGAAUUAUGGACGAACGCAACAGACAGGUUACGUUCACAAAGAGGAAGUUUGGGCUGAUGAAGAAAGCAUACGAGCUGAGUGUUCUUUGUGAUUGUGAGAUCGCCCUCAUCAUCUUCAACAGCACCAACAAGCUGUUCCAGUACGCCAGCACCGACAUGGACAAAGUUCUGCUGAAAUACACCGAGUACAACGAGCCCCACGAGAGCCGGACCAACUCCGACAUUGUAGAGACGCUGAGGAAGAAGGGUCUGAAUGGAUGCGACAGUCCUGAUAUCGAUGGCGAUGAUUCGGGUCACAGUCCAGAGUCCGAAGACAAAUACCGUAAAAUUAAUGAAGAUAUUGAUCUGAUGAUCAGCCGGCAGAGACUGUGUCAGACGAUCCCGCCCUCCAGUUACGACAUGUCCCUCCCCCUGCCGGUCACCAACCCCACCGGCCUGAUCUACGGCCACCCGCCACCCAACCUGCUGCCACUCGCCCCUCCGACCCCCCACCGACCCCCCAGUGCCGGCAACACAGGUACUGCCACUAACACAGGUACUGACUCUAAUACAGGUACUGAUUCUAACACAGGUACUGACUCUAACACAGGUACUGCCACUAACACAGGUGGGCUGAUGGGUCCGGACCUGUCCGGCAGUCUGGGCGGAGUCGCCGGAAACGGGUACGGGAGCCUCCGUAACUCCCCUGGUCUGCUGGUUUCUCCAGGGGGAAUCAGCAAGAGCCUGCAGGCCAAGUCCCCGCCCCCCAUAUCCAGUAUGAAUAUGAGUAACCGCAAACCAGACCUCCGCGUUCUGAUUCCCACCGGAUCCAAAAACAACAUGCCUUCUAACCAGAGAAUUAACAACUCCCAGUCUGCCCAGUCUCUAACCACUCCAGUAGUGUCUGUGGCCACGCCUACUCUACCUGGGCAAGGUAUGGGAGGAUACCCAUCAGCCAUUUCUGCUUCGUAUGGUACAGAAUAUUCUCUGAGUGGGGGGGAUCUGACCUCGCUGUCGGGUUUUAACGGCGCCGCCUCGCUUCACCUGGGCUCCAUGACGGGGUGGCAGCAGCAGCACCUGCAGAACAUGCAGCACCCGGCACUCGGGCACCUGGGGAACUGUUCCAGCUCUCAGUUGUGCGCGAGCUCCAGCCUCUCACUGCCCGCCGGCCAGAGUCUGAACAUCAAGUCCGAGCCGGUGUCUCCUCCCCGAGACCGGACCGGGACCGGAGGCUACGGCCAGCAGACCAACCCCCCUCCCCCGCAGCAGCAGCCUUCCCUGGCGGCCCAGCAGCCCCUGCUGCGGCAGGACUCGGGCCGGUCCCCCGUCGACAGUCUGAGCAGCUGCGGAAGUUCUUACGACGGAAGCGACCGCGACGAUCACCGCGCCGACUUCCACUCUCCGCUCGGACUGCUGCGCGCGCCGUCGCACGAGGAGCGCGAGAGCCCGUCUGUCAAACGCGUGCGACUGACGGAGGGCUGGGCCUCGUGAUCGCGCACUGCUGCCUUCAACCACCGGCUACACUCUCAAAAAACGAGAACACGGAGCAGUUCUGCAGAACCGUAAAGAACCCUGCGGGUUCCCUAAAGAUCUGUUCUAGAGUUUUACCUCAUAAUAAAAUAAACAGCCGCUUUUAUAGAACCUAAUUAGAGACUAUCACUAACUCAUCCUGUACACGGCAAUAAUCACCUCUAGAUUAUUAGCUUAGUUUAGCUUAGCUACCAAAAUACCAAAUUAGUGCCCAUUCUAUCAGUAUAACAUUUAUCCAUCUUAACUUCAAGUUUUCAGUUGCAGUUUUUAAUCCCCAGUCUUCACCAUUGAUUAUUGGCAAAGUAAUUGGACAGCUACAGGAGCACAAUAAAAAAACAUUGUUGAAACGAGGAAAACAGCGAUAUUCUGUUUAUUAGGAAAAUAUUUAAAUAAUCACUCAAAACUGUAUCUUUAGAGAACCAGACAGGUGGUUCUGUGGCUCUGAUUAACUCUGUGUCUGUGGAAGUGUGGUGGUGGUGCCACCCCUCAGGGAGGGCUUUUCUAUAUUUUUAGUAUUAUUUUCUCCUUAUUUGAGUGUGAGUGCUGCAUUAAGUAUUAUGUGAUUUAUGAGAAGCAGGAAGGCAUUUGAAGUGGGGCGGGGCGGGUGGGCAGGGUUUGGGGGAGACUCUGAGGGGCGGGGCAUGCGUUGCUUGUGCCGUGUGUGGGGAAUUAUUAUAAGUAUAUAUAUAUUUAUAUAUAAAUAUACACACACAGUGUGUACACCUGUGUGUUUAUGUAAGUAUGUAAUGAGCAUACAGGAAUGAAGAGGUGAAUAAUCCAAACCUGAGUAAUAAAAAUCCAUCCCAGAAUUUCGAGCUUUACUCUCCGGACUGGAUUACCUCUAGAACUCUUCUGGUACUCCUGUUUAAUAAAAACUACUUUUAGUUCAGUUUAUCAAUAUAUAAAUAUACAUAAUUAAUGUAUUAAUGCACGCAGGGCUGAGACCGGGCCCGGCAACCCGCAGAACAGCGCUCUCUAAUGGCCAGAAUAUCUUAUUACAGGUUCCGUUGUGUUGCAGGUUCAACCUAUUUAUGUAAAUAGUGGGCCGAGGGUCUGAGGUAAAUAACUUGCCAGGAUUUGCAGAAUUAUUUACAUCACAGACAGACAGACAGACCAGAUGAAUUAAAUACAUAUUCAGGACCUCACUCUACUUUGGGUUUUUAGUAAUAUUUUAAAAAGAUUGCUUAUUAUAUUAAACUAUUGUAAAUGUUGUUGAUAUUUUGAUCAAAGGGCCGCAAUAAGAUCUGAGCUACUCUGAGAUACUCUGAGUUAUGUACUGCCUCUCCCCGGUGGAAAAGAUGUACAAUACAUUUUACUUAUAUUUUCAUAAAAAUGCAGAGCAUUUGUUGCGACCUGUUGAACGCUGUUGAUUCGAAUUGUAAUGUUACGCUUUACUGAUGUUGAACAAAGAGGUAAAGCAACAUUAGCUCCCAUAAUAAAGCCAUAUAAACCUUUUA